ACAUUGGCAGGACAGUGUGGGGGAGCAUGCCCCUGCCAAUGCUGUACCUGUUCUGUGGAUAAACAGGACGGCAGUCUCCAGGGCACAGUCUGACCCUUCUCAUGAAUGCUAGAAUUGAGACAGGAAAAAAGUGUCCAUCUCCAUUUUGUGUCUGUUAAUCUGGACCUGGACAGCCUUGGUGUUUGAAUUCCCAGGAGGUAGGCCAGGGUAGAAGGAAUCUUACAAGGUGUGUCCCCUGUUUCUCAGCUGCAGUUGCUCCUAGGGACAAGAAAGAGGAUUUUGAUUUCUGGAACCAGGGGCCUGAACUUAGCAGGAAUUUGUUGAGACUUGGAAGGUGAGGAAGUGAUUCUUGGAUGCUGUGCUGGAGUUAAAGGCACUGAGAGGAUGUUGUUGGCAUAAACUGAAGCCCCCUCCUCCCCGGAGAGCCAUCUGAAGCUCUCUGAAAGCUAUGAGAAGAGCAGCCUGUAAACAUCACACUUUGGAAUGACAAUGAAAUAGCUUCAUUCAUCCCUGGAUCAAUCUUUUCUCAGCCUUAACAGGAUGGCUGCCAGCUUUAAUACCUCCACAGCCCUCCAGAGCCACCUCGGGGGGACUGAAACCUCUCUGGGUGCUGGCCUGCUCAAUAAUGUGGCACCUACCUGUCACCGCCGGCCCAAUCACAGGGCUGGUGGAGGGAGUGCAGUAUGAAGCUAGCGACAUUCAAACAGCAUCAUGCCUCCCUUGGGGACAAACAGUUGGGGUUUUGUGAAUUAUGAAGUGUGGAAGUAUAGGAUUUUCUUAUUCCCAUUCCUGUGCUGGAUACAAAAGCCAAUGGUAAGACCCCCGAGUUCAGGGAGAGGAUACUAAAGGCAGAGAGAAGACUGCAUUGCCAAUAUACAUCCUCGGGAUCUUUAUCAUUUUGUCUCUAUUGCCUCCUUUCAUUGACUCUUUCCCUUAUUUCUCUUUCCCAUCUCUCUUUCAUUCACUUCUCCCUCUUUUACCCUUUCUGCUCCUGUGGCGAAUUUGAAGGUUUGCCUGCACAAGUUAUAAGCUGUUCCCUGCCUCUCUUGGCAAACACUGGAGUCCAAGCCCUUCUGCCUCUCUCCAGGUUCUUACACGAUGCUUCAUGCCUCAAGGGACCUGUAUAUCGGUGGCUCAAGGCACCAGUGCCGAUACAGGCACCAGCAUGGUGAAAGCUGCAGCUUGGGCCACGAACAGAGGGCACCAAUGCUGAUGCCAGACUGUGACCCUGUCCCCCCAUGCAGCAGAUGCCGAGGCUUGUUCCCUCAAUUCCAGAUGAUACCCCUUCAGAGCUCACAACUCACUUCCUUCCAUAAUGAGGGCUGCUUCCCUCCAUCCAUAAAUGGUUCCUGUGGCAGGGUCCAUCUCUCUCUGGAGAACAAAGCACUGUGGGAGGAGUUCUACACACUUGGCACUGAAAUGAUCAUCACCAAAUCUGGCAGAUGUAUGUUCCCACCUUGCAAAGUGAUUGUUUCCGGCCUGAACCCUCACUCUCUCUACCUGAUGCUGGUGGACAUUGUACCUUUGGACAACGCUCGGUAUAAAUGGCACUGUGGCCACUGGGAGGCAGUUGGAAAAGCUGAUCCCCAUUUCCCCAGUCGCUUCUACCUCCAUCCAGAUUCUCCAGCUCCUGGCAGUCACUGGAUGAAAGAACCAGUCUCCUUCCAGAGACUCAAGAUCACCAACAAUACUCUGGAGCAGUGUGAACAUAUUAUAUUGCAUUCAAUGCACAAAUACCAACCACGAUUCCAUGUGGUGCUGACCAGCGCACAUACACUCACCCUGCCCUGGAAUGCUGUGGCCACCUUUGUGUUCCCAGAAACAACUUUUAUGGCUGUGACAGCCUAUCAGAAUUCCAAGGUUACCCAGCUGAAGAUUGAUAACAAUCCAUUUGCAAAGGGGUUCCGAGAGAAUGGCCUCAGCUCUAAGAAGAACCGAGGGGAAAAUGUUCAAGGUACUGAAAUGGUCAAGCAAGCAAGUGCUGAGGAGACAGGCUGUGACCCGCUCACUGUUUCAGAACCAGUCAUCUAGGAUGCACCUUGUGAGUCUACUGAUGCAUUCAGUUUCUUCUUCUGAGAGAUACAGGUGUAUGUCCUGUAACUCAGUCCCUCCGGUCGGAUUCUUCUGUGGAUUCUAUAUACAUCCUCCGUGUCUCUGGGUUCAAUUCCUUCCUCCUGUGGAAUGCCUGUAUUCUCUCUGGGUAUCUAAUUCUGGCUCCCUGUCUUAUACAGUGAUGAGAACAAGGGGACCACCGCUCAUCUAGGAAAUCAGAGCCAAUGCAAGUGUGACUUGAAGGAAAGACAAGUUUAGUCCCUUAUCCUGAACAGGGAGAGUGAUACUGCUUUGCAACAUCUGUGCCUCUCAGGGCUUGUCUACACCUACAGCGCUGCAGCGCCACAGCUGGAGCUGGGGUGGGAGAUCCUCGCCUGUCGGUCCCAGCCAUUGCUGCAAAUCCUUCCUCUCUUUGUCCCUUUGGACAUCAAAGGACUGCAAGGGGACAACCCUGGAGAGAAGCUCCUCC